AUGUCGACUGCCACAGUGCCGGAGGUCUACCGUGAGUCCUUCCGAUUUCGCCCGGAACCAGCAAAGCCGAAAACCUUCUUUGAGAAUAUGUGGCAGGUGCUCUUCUGCGUCCUCUCAUUCGUCUCCUUUGUGCUCACUCUGGUUGCGACGCCCAUUGACGUGUACCGAGACCGUGGCAGCAGUGCUUGCGUGACAAUGUGGGGUAGCCGCCGCACGUGCGGCACGAACGAGUACACACCAACGGACUGGGGAUGCGCAGAUCGCGAGAAUCACAUUGAUGCGGCGCGCGCCUUUUCAAUUCUCUCCAUUAUUCUAACCUUUGGCUCCUUUGUUCUUGGUGCGCUGCUUAUAGCGAGGUUGUUUGUGUACAAACGUAUUAUACCGGCUGUGAUCUCUCUCGGUGCGACGAUGACACUGGUACUGACAUGGGGUUGCUUGGCAGGUGUGUACCACCAGAAACUCUGUGACGAUGACCCAUUGUCGGGGGUAGCUUUAAGGGAAACCCACACAUACGGUGUAGGGUUCGGUCUCUUCGUUGCCGCCUUUUGCGUGCAGCUGAUCACAACGGUUGUGGAACUUUUUAUUUAA